AUGGGCCGCUGCCCCGCGCGGACGAGCCAGACCCCGGGGCGCACACGGCCGCCCCCGCCCCCGCGGCCACUGCUCCUGCUGCUCCCGCUGCUGCUGCUGCUGCUCCGGGGCGCGGGCGGGGACCCCCCGGAGCCCGCGCCGCCCGCUCCCGCCGCCCGCCCUGCGGCCGCCAGGACCCCCCGGGGCGCCCUCGGGGACGCGGCCUCGGCUCUGGGCCUGGGCGCCCGGGACGCCGCGGCCGCGCACAUGCUCCGGCUCUACGACAAGUACGGCCGCAGGGGCGCGAGGCCCGGAGGGGGCAACACGGUCCGCAGCUUCAGGGCCCGGCUGGACACGGUGGACCAGAGGCAGGCGUACGUCUUCAACCUGACUUCCCUGCAAGACUCGGAGGUGAUCCUCUCGGCCACCUUCCACUUGUACAUGGAGCCCUGCUGGCCCCGGGCGCGCGAGGAGCCCUGCAGGCAGCGGGCGAGGAGCGCGUCCUGCCGCCUCCCACCCCCCGGGCCGCCCACCCGACGCCACCUGCUCUUCCGCAGCGUCGCGCAGAACACGGCCGCGCAGGGGCUGCUCCGCGGGGCCCUGGCCCUGGCGCCCCCGCCGCGCGGCCUGUGGCAGGCCCGGGACAUCUCGCCCAUCGUGCGGGCCGCGCGGCAGGCCGGCGAGCUGCUCCUGUGGGCACAGCUGGACCCCGCGGGGGGCGCCCCGGGCGCGGCGGGGCCGAGCGCACCCUUGCCCUACCUGCUGGUCUACGCCGACGACCUGGCCAUCGCGGAGCCCAACAGCGUGGCGGGGACGCUGCAGAGGUACGACCCCCUCCCGGCGGCCGACCCGGAGCCCCGCGCCGCCGACAACGGCUCGGCCGACCCACGCGUGCGCCGGGCCUCGCAGGCUCCUGGGCCGCUGCAGGACAACGAGCUGCCGGGGCUGCACGAGAGGCCAGGGCGCGUGCCCCCCGCGCGGCAGCCCCCGCGGCCCCGGCACGAGCUGUGGCGCGGCCCCCUCGGGGCACUCAAGCCCCGGCCAGGGCGCCGGGAGCGCAGGAGGAAGGGCCCCGACGCGCCGGCUGCCUCGCGGGUGCUGGACUUCGACGAGCAGACCAUGCGGAAAGCCCGGCGGAGGCAGUGGGCCGAGCCCAGGGUCUGCUCCCGCAGGUACCUCAGGGUGGACUUCGCUGACAUCGGCUGGAACGAAUGGAUCGUCUUGCCCAAGUCCUUCGAUGCCUACUACUGCGCGGGGGAGUGCGAGUUCCCCAUGCCCAAGGUCGUCCGCCCGUCCAACCACGCCACCAUCCAGAGCAUCGUCAGGGCCGUGGGCAUCGUCCCCGGCAUCCCGGAGCCGUGCUGCGUCCCUGACAAGAUGAACUCUCUCGGGGUCCUCUUCCUGGAUGAGAACCGCGACGUGGUUCUGAAGGUGUACCCCAACAUGUCCGUGGAGACCUGCGCCUGCCGGUAGGACCAGCCGCUCCGGGGGUGGAAGGAAACCUCUGCAUCCGGCAGGCAGCGCCCAGGCCUCCAGGGUGAGGGCCUCAGGAGGGGGCGGCUGCAUAUGCAGGGCGCAGCUCGCCGGCACCCCUGCCGGUCCCACAAGGUCUGUCCCCCAUGGCGCAUUCUGGGGGGACAGUUGCUGAUGACUCAGCCCCUGCUUGCCACUCGGAAUCCCUCUAAGGAACCCAGGGGUCAGCCCCACCUGGGGGCCACCCGCCGUCCACGCCUCCGCUCGCAGGACCCCAGAGCCCAACGUGGCCACUGUGUUGGCUUCCAUGAGCAUCGUCUCAUGACUGGGGAGGAAGGUUCCAGACCUGCAGGCUCCUGCUCUCUCCGCAGGAAAGAACCCCCAUGUAAAGCAUCAGUGGAGAACACCCGGGGCCACACGAGGGAUGGGGGACCCUGGCGCCCAAGCGCGGCGCGAACUUCCAAACUGCGGCAAGAGCUUUCAUACUCACGGUGCACGUGUGACCGGUUCUGGUUGCUUUCUCUUAAUAUAUAUUUUAUUUCAAAGCAAAGGGGAGGGCGUGGACACCAUUCCACACAGAGGUCAUCAGGCUGGUUAGGGGUGCGUUGUUCAAACAUGUUUAUUGAAAUAACACAGGCAGUGAUACGUUGGAAUACUAAAAAGUAACCGAGAUUUUUAUAUUUUUGUAAAUUAUACUUUCCAUACUGUAGAUUGUGUACGUUGUGUGUUUUUAUAGAAAGCUAAUAAAUUAAAGGUACAGCUGUACCUGAGAAACUGAA